AUGAGAGAGUGGAUCGCCUGGGUUCAAAUGUUCCAGACGCAGUUGUUCCAGGAUCAGGUCGAUUCUCGUAGUUCCGUCUGCUUCUUGUCGGGUGUUUCUAUAGUCGACACCAGGUGCCAUUACCGCUCAUCGCUGUUUGACACGUUAUUCACCCUCGUGCACCUGCGAAAUCACGUAGCCAACAGGCCACCGGCAUCCAGAUUAAUAAAUACCCACACUUUGUCCGGGUUACCAUGUGUUAUGUCGUCGAUAUUUGAUAUCACGACUUACUUUCUGAGUAUCGUGCUCAUUCCACUACCCAGGCAACCAAGCAAGGGCAACUCCUAG